AUGUCAGAAUCAUUCAAUACUUAUGAAUCGGAAUUUCAAUUUGCGAUACAAGAAGCGCAAAUUAAGAUAUCUCAAAUUAAUUCGGUUGAUGCAGAGCAACGUAAGAAUUAUUUAAAAUCAAUUGAAGGAGCCAAUGAAGAAGCAAGAGAAGUACUUGAUCAAAUGACAAUUGAAGUGUCGAAUUUACCUUCGAAUCAAAGAUCAUCAUACAAUGCUAAAAUUCGAAACUAUCGAACAGAAUUAGAUACUGUGACAGUGACAUAUAAUAAACUUUUAGAUGCUCAAGAUAAAGUUGAAUUAUUUGGUAGUAAUAGAUAUACCGAUGAUAGUGGCGAUUCAUCAGAACAACGUAAACAAUUAUUGAGUAAUAAUUCAUCGUUAGAAAGAUCAUCACAACGAUUACAUGAUAGUCAAAGAAUUGCUAUGGAAACAGAAAAUAUUGGUAGUAAUAUUUUGAAUGAUUUACGAUCACAAAGAGAACAAAUUAAUGGUGCUAGAAAUACAUUACUGCAAGCAGAUAAUUAUGUUGAUCGUUCAGUACAAACCUUGAAAACUAUGGGUCGUAGAUUGACGGCUAAUAAGUUUAUAAGUUAUGGAAUAAUUGCGGUAUUGAUAUUAUUAAUAUUUUUAGUUCUUUUCAGUAAAUUUUCUUAG